CCAUUGUAAUGGAAUUUGCUGUGCCCAUCCGGCGUCGUGAGAGGGGUAAGGUGACGUUGUGCAUGCCAUCCUGAAAAGUCUCGCCGGGCGGCCGCGAGCUCUCGUGUAAGGUGGCAUUCUUCUCAUGUAGGUGGUUGUCAUAGAUGCAAGUCUUAUGUCGUAUUUGUAUCACCAUUGGAUCUACUAUAUAAUUCACCAUGUUGGCCGCUUUAAAUCCUCUCAAGUUUGCCUCAUCAGCAACAAUCAAACCACUCGGUUAUAAAAUUAUCAGACGAGGUAUCACCCAAGGUACCAGGCAUCGAUUACCGAUAAUUGCUACUUCCAUUCAUCCUAGAUACCAUUCAACCUCAACAACCAUGAGCGCUCCCCAGAUCCCGACUGAGCAAUGGGCACAGGUCGUCGAGAAGACAGGCGGACCCGCGGUAUACAAGAGAAUUCCGGUUCCCAAGCCGGGUCCCGAUGAGGUCCUCAUCAACAUUAAGUACUCCGGUGUCUGUCACACGGAUCUUCACGCCAUGAAGGGCGACUGGCCGCUACCCACGAAGAUGCCCUUCGUCGGUGGACACGAAGGUGCAGGUGUCGUCGUCGCACGUGGUGAACUCGUCAAGGACAUCGAGAUUGGCGACUACGCAGGUAUCAAGUGGCUAAACGGCUCAUGCUUGAGCUGCUCCUACUGCCAGCAAUCCGACGAAUCUCUAUGCCCCGACGCGUUACUGUCGGGCUACACAGUAGACGGUAGCUUCCAACAGUACGCCAUCGGCAAGGCCGCGCACGUCGCCCGAAUCCCCAAGGACUUGAGCCUCGAGGCCGUUUCGCCCAUCCUAUGCGCUGGUCUAACGGUCUACAAGGCGCUUAAGGAAUCCGGUGCCCGACCCGGCCAGCAAGUCGCCAUCGUCGGUGCUGGUGGUGGUCUUGGCAGCUUGGCCAUCCAGUACGCCAAGGCUAUGGGUCUACACACGAUUGCCAUCGAUGGUGGUGAGGAGAAGGGCGAGAUGUGCAAGUCCCUCGGAUCCGAAGACUACAUUGACUUUACCAAGACGAAGAACCUAGUCCAGGACGUUAAGAGCAAGACACCAGACGGAUUCGGACCCCACGCCGUCCUAUUGCUCGCUGUCAGCGAAGGUCCCUUCCAGCAGGCUAGUGAGUACGUGCGAAGCCGUGGUAGCAUCGUCUGCGUCGGUCUACCCGGCAACGCCUUCCUUAAGGCACCCGUCUUCGACACAGUCGUCCGCAUGAUCAAUAUCAAGGGCAGCUACGUCGGAAACCGGCAAGACACCGCCGAGGCCAUCGACUUCUUCCGAAGAGGCCUCAUCAAGGCCCCCUACAAGGUCGUCGGCCUUAGCCAGCUCCAGGAGAUCUUCGAGCUGAUGAAGGAGAGCAAGAUCGCCGGUCGGUAUGUCGUCGACACGAGCAAAUAAGCUAAGGGCUACGGAGUUUCAUUUGGAGAUACCAUAAUUUGGAGUUUUGCUCUGCUUCUAAUGUGUAUAUAUGUUGAGACCGGUGGGGUAAC